AUCUCUUCACCAAUCCCACUCCACUUAACCAACAAAAAAGAAAACCAUGGCCUCCAAAGCCAACUCAGCCAUGGCUCUAUUCCUCGUCUUCAACCUUCUCUUCUUCACCAUGGCCACCGCCACCAAAAAGGCCUGCCCACCUCCGCCACCACCACCAACCAAGUGCCCGCCACCGCCGCCGCCAACCAAGGCAUGCCCGCCACCGCCGCAUCCCAAGCCGACUCCCACUCCCAGCCCUUCUCCCAAGAAAUGCCCGAUUGAUGCACUCAAAUUGGGCGUUUGUGCUGAUGUCCUCGGCUCGUUGCUGAACAUCACCCUUGGGAACCCGCCGGUGAAGCCGUGCUGCAGUUUGAUAGGCGGGCUUGUUGAUCUUGAAGCGGCUCUCUGCCUUUGCACCGCCAUUAAGGCCAACAUUCUUGGGAUCAACCUCAACGUUCCGGUCUCUUUGAGCUUGCUUCUCAAUGUUUGUAACAAGAAGGUCCCGUCUGGCUUCCAGUGCCCUUGAUGGAACAAUUUGCGAACACAGUACUGUUUGUAGCCAUAUGGAAGAAUAUUCCACUUAAGUUCUUGUACUUUGAAUAUUUUGUUUUUGUGGGUUUUUGUUAUUUGGUCUCACGUCAUAGAUAACAAAUGCUUUGUUGUCUAUAGCUCAUAUAUAUAUGAUCGAUUUUGUGUACUAUGAAUAACUUUGUUUUGAAGGAAAGGUUGGAUUAUUUUUCUUCUUUUUUUGUGAAACUUCAAAUUUGGGAACUGCAUCGAAUCAAAAAGAAGUAAAAGCAAAACAAAUGCAAAGAGAGUUAAUCUGCAAGCUAAAGAUCACGUACACCAGGGAAUAAGAAAAUUGAUGGAGCAAAGUAAAAUGGGACGUUUGAU